AUGUCUCCUUAUAGGCUAGUAUAUGGAAAAGCAUGCCACUUACCUGUAGAACUUGAACAUAAAGCUUAUUGGGCUGUAAAAAUCUGCAAUAUGGACAUGGAAGCUACUGUAAUUGAAAGAAAAAUGCAGAUACAAGAGUUAGAAGAAAUCAGACUUGAGGCAUAUGAGAAUUCAAGGAUGUAUAAGGAAAAGACAAAGCUCAUUCAUGAUAAAGGCAUCUUAAGGAAACAUUUUAAGGAGGGUGAUCGUGUUCUCUUAUUCAGGGCCAGAUUCAAGUUUAAACAAGGGAAGCUCAAUACAAGAUGGGAUGGUCCAUAUAUAGUUACCAAAGUGCAUGAUUUUGGCAUGUUGGAACUUCUGGAUGAGCAAAAUGGUUGCACAUUGAAGGUCAAUGGACAUUUGCUUAAACUCUAUCAUGAAAACUCCCGCCACCUUGAAUAUCAGGAAUCUGGGAAUUCAUUGAAACCUAAUUAUUCUUGGGAUGAUUCAGCAUUUGAGGUUGAGAAAUGUUGUAUUAAGCAUGCAUGCAUUCUUGCUCAAGUGGCCAAAUUCCAUCCUUUAGCCUUUCCAACAUUACAACCUUAA